AGACAGGAUAUCUUGGUGUCAUUGUUCUUGGUGACUCAGUGGCAGCCCACUUUCACAUCCCCCCAGAAUGGCUGACAGCACCCCUCUUUUGUGACAGAGCUUUUGAACACCUUGCCUUUAUUGUAGAGAAUGAAAUGGACUGGCCCCAGUUGUCACUAUAUACAGGCUACCUAAGGUCAUCAAGGUGGCCAAUGGAAAGAGGUCAUGGUGAUUCAAUUUAUUUGAAGCUUUGGGAGAGGAACCAUUGCAACCACCGUGAUUACCAAAAUCUGGCCAAGAAUGGAGCACAGUCUUUUGAAGCAAACUCCAAACUUAUCAGAAGCAUGGCCAGAGACCCAAAGCUUGAUCAGCCUGCAUUGGUAUUCUACUCGUUCAUCGGAAAUGAUGUUUGUCAAGCUGUUCCCAAUCUGAAUAACAUUACUACGCCUGAGCAGAUGCAUAAAAAUGUUCUGGAAACUCUGAAUGGUCUGGAUAAGCAUUUGCCAAAUGGGAGUCAUGUAAUUUUGAUUGGUUUGGUGGAUGGUCGAAUCCUUUAUGACAGUCUCCAUAACCGGAUACACCCAAUAGGCCGCCUAAGGCAUGAGGUGACAUAUGAACAUUUCUAUGACUUGUUGAACUGUCUACAAGUUUCCCCCUGCUUUGGUUACAUGAAUUCCAAUGAGACCAUCAGGAAUAAAACAAGUGAAAGAGCAGCCCAGUUGAGUGCAGUGUUGAAACAUGUGGCUGAAACCUCAAAGUAUGAAAACUUUGAUGUGUUCUACUUUGACUUUCCCUUAGAAGAGGUCAUCAAGGAGUGGAAAGCAAAGGGCCAUCCAGUUUAUGAAUUAAUUGAGCCUGUGGAUGGUUUUCACCCAAAUUUGAAAGCAGAAGCUCUGGCAGCUGAUGCCUUGUGGAGAAUCCUUGAGUCCAAAGUUCCACAUGUCUUAGGGAAGGUCAACCCUUACAAGGAUAUAAUAAGACUGUUGUUUGGAGAUCAAGGAGGAUAUUAAGAGAGAUGGCAGUUUUUUUGAAGUGAUUUUUUACAUCUUUUUUUAAAACUCUUAAUAAAAAGUUAAAAAAUUAAUCGAAAAAAUUUUUAAAAA